AUGCGCUUCGACGCGGUGUUCGCGCCCACCGCGUCGCAGCGGCGGGUGUACGAGGAAGCCGCGUUACCUAUCGUGGACGGCGUGCUUCGCGGAUACAACGGAACGGUGUUGGCGUACGGUCAGACGGGCACGGGGAAAACGUACACGAUGUCGGGACCAUCCGGAGCCGAGUCUGGAAACGAUUCGAACAAUUUGGAAAACCCUCGAUUGGAAAACCCGUUCGUCCCGACCGCGACGUCCGCGCCGCAGACGCGAAAAGCCUUCGGGGGAUGCGCGGGCGAGGACCGCGGGGUUGUGGCCAGGGCGCUCGAGCGCAUCCUGCGCGUCUGCGCCGCCGACGGCGCGCACAACUCCCAGGUUACGUUGCAGUACGUGCAAGUGUACCUCGACGCCGCGUACGACCUUCUCGCGACGUCUUCGAGGGACGCCGCCAAGCCCCUGGAGGUGCGCGAGGACCCGACCACCGGCGAGGUGUGCGCGGUGGGUGCGAGAACCGUGGAGGUGACGAGUUUAGCGAGCGCGAUGCGAACGCUGCGGGACGGCGAACGGAACCGAGCGGUGGCGAACCACUUACUCAACGCGGCGUCGUCGAGGUCGCACGCGUUGCUUUCCGUGGUGGUUCGGCGGAAAGAGGGCCAGACGUUCGACGAGGCGAUCGCGAUUAACCGCUCCCUGCACGCGCUCGGCAAGUGCAUCGCCGCGCUCGCCUCCAACGCCGAAACGACUUUGUCCUCCUCCGGGGGCCCGUCGCCGAGCGUUUCCCCGCAUCAUCACGUUCCGUACAGGGAGUCGAAGCUGACGCGUUUGCUGAAGGACUCGCUGGGGGGAACCGCGAUGACGUCUCUGAUCGUCACCGCGUCCCCGGGUGCGGAGCACCUGUCGGAGACGGUCGCGGCGUUGAACUUUGGCCAACGCGCGCUCAAGGUGACCAACUCGCUCGUGGUGAAGCAGGAGGUGGAUUACCGGCUCACCGCGAGGCGGUUGCAGGAGGAGGUGGACGCGUUGACGAGAAAGCUAGAGCGGCGCGAGGUGGAGCUCGCCGCAAAGACGGCGUUGGAAAAGCGUUUAUUAAAACGCAUCGACGACGAAAACGAGCCGCCGAAUAAUACGUCGGACCCCGGCGGAAUCGAUCCCGCGACCUCCGGGGUAUCCACCGUCGAGGUAUCCGAUUUCGCGACGCAGCACGAUUGUCCACCGGAAAUUGUCGAUCCGAUUGUCCGGCUGAGCGUCAGCGUGGACCCCAUCGCGGCGCUCGACCUCGUGGGACGCGACGAACUCGAGUGCGUCGAGGCGGCACUCGCGACGUGUAAAAAGAUGCUGGCGCAGAGGGAAGAGGAGCUCGUCCAGCUGUGCGUCGCGAAAGAAGCGUCGGAUGAAAAAUGCGACGCGCUCACGCUCGAGCUCGAUUCCGAGGCGCAGAAUUCCCUUUUACGCACAAAAGCGGUGGAGGCCAAGUACCAAACGGAGCGCGCCGAGCUCGAACGCCGGUGGGAGGAGGACGAGAGCGACAGGCUUCGACGAGAAGAGCGGUGGAGACGCGAGGUGGAGACGGCGAUGAACGAAAGGGACGAACUCGUCGACGCGGCGCUCGCGGAACGAAACCGGUGGGACGCCGAGAUGGCUUCGACGCGAACGAAAUUUUUGGCUGAACGCGCCGAGUGGGAGGCGGAACGCGCGGCUUUAAUCUCCGCCGCGGAGGCUGCGGCGUCAGAGUCCGAGGCGGCGUCCGCGCGGGCCGCGGCGGCGUUGGCCAAAGUCGCUUCGGAAAACGCGCGGGCGACGGAAAAAACAAACUUAAUCGCCGAGCUCGACGCGGACAGAGCCGCGUACGCCGCGGCGCACACCGCGGAGGUGGCCGAACUCCGCCGGGCGCACGCGAAGGAGACGAAGGAGCUUCGCGACGCGCUCGAGUGCGCGGAACGUUCGCUGGACGCCGCGGAUGCGAGACGCGCGACGGAGCUCGACGCGUUGCGAGCGGAGCUCGAGACUCGUUUGCGCGAGACGAUCGCGACGAAAGACUCGGAACGUUCGGAGCUGGCGUCUCUCGCCGAGGAUGAAAAGGCGCGGCUCCGCGCGUCCCUCGCGGACGUCGUCGCCCAAUCGGAGCACGCCGUGAACGACGCGGUCCAAUCAGCGUACGCGACGUGGCGCGUUGAAGAGCUCGAGCCGCUCGCGUCUGCCAACAAAGCGGAGAUUGAGAAAUUGGAACGCGAGCUCGCGGAUGCGGAAUCGAGGUGUUCGACGUUGUCCGACAGGUGUUCAAACGAGUCCGAGUCACGCGAACGAUGGUGCAUCGAGAUCGCCUCGCUUCGCGCCAAGUGGCAGACGGAGCGGGACGCUCGCGUCGCCGAACAGUCGUCGCAUCGUAGGGCGUGGGCGGAGGAGCAGCGUCGACUGCAGCGGCGCUUCGACGACGAAAUCACGGCUUUGAACGACGAGCUCCGCGUUCGUUUGGGAUACACCGACGCCGAGGCCGCGGUGGGUCUGACGGCGUACGGCGUGGGAAAACCUUUAAGGUUUAAAAAAGCGCCGUUUCCCGUCACGGCGGACGCGGCGCAGUCGGCGACGGCCAAGAGGGACGCGGUGGCUUCACUCUUCGAGCGCCAGACGCUCUCGAGAAUCGUGUCCAUGAUGCAUUCGCACUCCGACGAUGCGUCACACGACGACGAGGACGUUCGGGCGCACGCGUGCAAGGUCGUCGCCAACCUCGCCGCCAUCGACGAACGCAACGCGGUGCGCGUGGUUCAGGAGGGCGGUCUGCGCGCCAUCCUCCGCGUCUUCGGAGGGUUCGCCGCCGACGUAAACUCGGAGGCGACGUGUCGAGUCGCGGCGGGGGCGCUGGCCAACGUCGCCAUGGCGGAGGCUAACCAGGCGCAGAUUUUGCAGGGGGGCGCGAUCGAGCUGCUCGCGAUGUUCGCGCGCGACUGCGUCGAUCCGACGUCGGCGCGGAUGGUCGCCGGAUGCGUCGCCAACCUGUGCGGCUUCGAGAGCACUGAGCGGUUAUUACACGAGUGCGGGGGCCUGGCUCUCGUGACUCGCAUCUCCGACAGGUGGGUACCCAAGUCCCCGGAAGUUCGCACCCAGGUGGCGAGGGCGCUCGCAAACUACACCAAGUGCGACGGGGGUAAGAUGCGGGUCGCGACGCACCCCGGCGCGUUGGCGUUGGCGUUUAGGUUGGCGUCCGACGAAAACGAUUCGGCGGCGAGGAGACACGCGAGGUCGGCGCUUUGCGAGGUUGCCACCGACCUGGACGUCGGCGCCGGCGCGGUCAGGGACGUGCCGGGCGCGGUGGCGCUGCUGCGUCACCUGGCGGGUGGGGACGGAGGCGACCUGGGGAGCGAGGAGGGCGAGCGGGAGCGGAAGAUGGCGACGAGGGCGCUGCGGCGAAUGGAAAAGUCGCUCCCGCCGGACCACCGCUACUCCGACAGGCUCUAGGCUAUCGUCACGAACGUUCGAUCGACCUAAAGCCUAAAAGUUA